AUGGAGGUUGGACCACCUGAGACAAGAGAAUUUACAGAUGCCCUCAAGCUUUGCCCUCAUGAAUAACUCCUGAGACUAUGUAAAGAAAGAGCUGAAGAGAUCUAUCCAAUAAAGGAGAGAAAGGACCGCAUACGCCUGGUUCUCAUCAUAUGCAAUAAAGAGUUUGACCAUCUGCCUCCAAGAAAUGGGGCUGACUUUGACAUCAUGGAGAUGAAGAAGCUGCUUGAGGAUCCGGGUUACAGUGUGGGUGUAGAAGAGAAUCUGACAGCCAGGAACAUGAGGUCAUUGCUGUGGGCAUUUGCUGCCUGACCAGAGCACAAGUCCUCCGACAGCACGUUCUUGGUGCUCAUGUCUCAUGGCAUCCUGGGGGGAAUGUGUGGAACUGAACAUGAUGAGGCAAACCCAGAUGUGCUGCUUUAUGACACCAUCUUCCAGAUAUUCAACAACCGCAUCUGCCUCACUAAAGACAAACCCAAGGUCAUCAUUGUCCAGGACUGCAGAGGUGCAAACCAUGGGGAACAGUGGGUCAGAGACUGUCCAGCAUCUUUGGAAGUUAUGUCUUCACAGUCACCUAAGAACCUGGAGGAUGCAGUUUGCAAGACAUUAGAGAAGGACUUCAUUGUUUUCUGCUCUUCAACCUCACAUAACGUGUCCAGGAGAGACAGCACAAGGGGCUCCAUUUUCAUCACACAACUCAUCGCAUGCUUCCAGAGAUAUUCCUGGCGCUGCCACCUAGAGGAAGUAUUUUGGAAGGUACAGCAAGCAUUUCAAAGUCCGGAGGCAACAGUCCAAAUGCCCACCAUAGAACGAGUGUCCAUGACAAGAUAUUUCUACCUCUUUCCUGGCAAUUGAAAAUGGUUAAGUAUUGAGAGUUGUUGGUGGUGUAUGAAAUAAAUGAAAGUGUGAUAUUGGAGGUGAGUUCCGAUGACCAAUGACAGUUGAGUACUUGGACGGCCAAAUUAGUGUACUUUGUUGAUGUAGUCUGGUGACUAUCUGUUAUCUUUUAUUCGAUUUUUUUGCAUUUGGGUUCCCCCAACUCUAUAAUUAAUCAGGCAAUCAAUCAAUCAAGGACGUAAGGAAAACCAAGGCUGAAUGAGAUAAUAAAAAACCCAGGGUAGCACUUAUUAAAAUAGAAACAUACUCCUGCAUCCAUUACUAUUUAUAUUCAUUUACAUCUCAUACUCUACCUUUUUCUCUCCUUUUCUUACACACACACACACACACACACACACAGACACACACAGACACAAACACAUACUGAGUUACCAAACAUUGCAUCAAUCUGAACAAAAAUGAGAAAACAGAGGCACUAACUGCAGAAAGCAGUACUUUGAUUUUCUGAGUGAGGAUAUCACAGCAAAUACCACAUUACUGGUGUUCAGGUACCCUUACCAGACAGUAGAAAAUAAACCCUACAGUGUAGAGUUUGUGUUGAUCCAGUCUCUCGUUCUCAGAAUGUUCUCAUAAUGCAGAUCACAAAUCACUGAGAGACUGUUUUCAGACCCUCAACCCUUUCCAGAAGUUC